AUGGCCUUCGAGCUCCAAGACAUCAGACCCGAGUUUGACUUCCUAGAACUGACUGAGUGUUUAUUGAAGGCCUAUGAGGACCCGCCCCAAAGGUUCCUACACAUCUUCAUUCCAAUCCACCGACCCGGGGCCGAGGCCCGCAAAGCAGCCCUUGAGGAGGCGGCGACCCGGCUCCAGCAGUGGCAUUUGCACGAACCCUCGAGCCAUUGGCAGAAAGUCGUCGAUGUGCAGACCGGCAAGAUAGUAGGAGGCGCGGCAUGGCACAUCUACGAAACAAACCCAUUUGCAGAGCCGUAUACUUUGGUUGCCGAUUGGUUCCCAGAUGACAGUUCGCGUGUAUUUGCCGAGCUCCUCUUGAACGUCUUCACGCAUCCAGACUAUCGUCGGCGAGGCAUCGGACAGCAGAUCAUGGACCGGGUCAUGGAGAAAGCAGAUGAAUUGGCGCUCGAGAUCUUCUUAGAUGCGACUCCGCCAGGCAAGCCGCUGUACGAGGCAAACGGGUUCGUUUGCGUUGAGGAGAAUGUUACUGCGCCGACGACGGACCACCCAGAUGAUAAGUGGAGGGAAAUAGAGCAGAAAGUGUCGCCGUUUACGUUUUGGCUUAUGCGGCGACCCGUCAAAUAG